AUUGAAGUCCCGCACAAUUUUAAAUGGAGACUGAAAAAUAUGGAAUAAAACAAUAGACAGAUCAUGUUUCUCAUUUUUAUCAAUUUCUCUUAGCCAGCUCAACUCCGUGCAGGUUGAUUUUGAAAAGGAUAUUGUUCUCCUCCCAAAUCUUUUUCCAACUCAAAAAGAUGAUUUUGGAAAGCAUCAUGCAUAUGAUAUGAUUUUUUAGAUAACAAAUUCCAAAGACCCCACUAAUCUCGCUUUAAACGCAUACUUGACUGCGCUCCGACAGCUCAAGCUCUAGAGCGAUUCCCUUCCUUAACCAUGGCCCCUCUAAAUAUCCCCAACGUCUCGAUUCUUUUUUGUAGUUGCAUGAUCUUUUCAUUACCAUCAAAUUCGCCGCUUAAUUUUCUCCUUUAUGCCCACAUGUUGAAUUUAGCUAAGAAGGCCAUGUAAUUGAAGCCAAAUCUCGUGGAGAUCACAAGAUCAAUUCCGGCUGCCUGCCUUCUGACUCACGGCGCAACAUUGUAUAGCAGACCGCCGUUUUUAGUGGUGUAUGCUUUGUAGCUCACUUGCUGUUGCUUCUCUCCUUCAGAAACCGCGAAGAAUUCUGCCUGUUGUGGUGAUUGUUAAAUUUCAAGAUUCCUCCUCCAGUUCAGCUGAUGGCAGAAUUGUUCUUUUGGAUUCAGAUGAUGAAGAACCCAUUGAAGUAAGGAUUACAGGAGUUGGCAGGAGGAACUGUCAAGCAGAAAGCUCUUACAUGGGAGAAGAGAUAAAUAGUUUCCAAAUUGGAUUGCCUGAAAAUAGAAUAUCAAGUGAAGUUGAAGAAGAGAUUCCUAAAAUGGAUGGGAUGAUAGCAAGGCUUCUUGCCAUUUUCCCACAGCUUUCUCCUGACCAAGCAUUGUUUCAACUUCUGAAAACACAGGGACAGUUCCCACAGGAAGGAAUAUUGCAAUCUGCUAUUGAUCAUUUUCUUCGACAUGGUGUGCCGGAACAUGUACUGGAUGAAGGGCGAGCUGAAGUUGGUGCUACAGAAUCAGUCUUACCAGUUGAAGUUGGAAACUCCAACUUAAGAGCUGACAUUGACUUAAGUGGAGUUGGUCCAUCUCAUAAAGUAGAAGAGAGAAACAAGUUUGAAAUUCAAGCUACUGAACCUGCAGGAGAUGGAAAUCUUUAUGAAGAUUGGUCCCUUUAUAGGUUGUCAGAAGAUUUUCCUCUUGUGAGGAUGACUGAUCUAAGACAAGCUUUCAAGGCUCAUGGUGGAAGGUUCACCUGUACUUACAAAUCUGUUGAACAGUCUUGUAGAGAUUUAAAGGACCGAGGAAAGCGAAAAGCCAAAAAAGAUGCCGGUACAAGUACUGAUCUGAACACAAAUUGGACUCCCAAGAUUGGUUUAAGAUUCUUGAAAGCACCAAGGCCCAAGAAAAUUAAACCAAACAACAUUUGCCUAAAUUUUGAAAAGGAAUGGGCUGAACUGCAAAAGCAAUUAGCUGGAAAACACAAGGGAGAUAUCUUAAAGGAUCAAGAUGGAUGCAGUGGAACGGAAGCAGGAAGUGCAAAUGAGGAAUGCCCAUCUGUAGCUGAGGCUAUUGAAUGUGGAUGUUGUUGUAUGGAAUUUUCAUUUGAACAGAUGGUACAGUGUGCAGAUGGGCACCUCUUUUGUUUUCAGUGUUUACGGAGACAGGUAGAAGAGUCUACAUUUGGAGGCCUUCAAGCUUGCCAUUCUUUACCUUGCAUGGAUACUAGUGGAUGCAGUGAGUCAAUUCCUAUGUCAGAGGUUCGAAGAGCUCUCCCAGUUGACCUUAUUGAAAGGUAUGAACAGCGGCAGGCUCAAGCUGAUAUUGAACAGGCCAGACUUGAAGGAUUGGUGUAUUGCCCUUUUUGCAAUUUCCCUUGUGAAGUAGACGAGGGUGUACGUGUUUUGGAAUGUCCAAAUAGUGAUUGUUCAAAGGCAUCUUGUAUCCAAUGCAAAGAGCCAAGUCAUAUACCUUUGCGCUGCGAAGAAGUUGAGAAGAAAUCCGAGACAGCUUUACGCAGGAAAAUUGAAGAGGUGAUGACAAAAGCUGUGAUAAGAGUGUGUAACAGUUGUAAGACAGAGCUAGUAAAGAUGGAUGGUUGCAAUAAGGUGACAUGUAGAUGUGGAAUUACAAUGUGUUAUAUAUGCCGACAAACAAUUCCAAAGGAUUAUACACAUUUUUGUCAGCAUGCCCGAGAGCCUGGAAAACCAUGCCAAAGAUGCAAGAAGUGCGGUUUGUGGGAUAAGGAACUGGAAGAUGAUGUGGCUCUGAAGGCAAGGGAAACAGCAUUGAAGGACUUGGCAGAACAGGAACCGAAAUUGCUUAGUCGUAAUAUUGGACCUCCAAUGAAAAAACAAAAAGAAUCUACUGUAUGCCAUCCACCAUUUGGGCUUCAGCUACAUGCAAUUCUUCCAGGGCAACAUUUGCAUUGGCAUCCACCAAAUCCUCUUCCACCCAAUGACUGGUUUAACCAUCAACAAAAUCCUGUACACUUUCAGCCACCCAACAUAAAUCUCCCAUAUGAUUUCUUCUAUGACCCUCCCAUACAUGAAGGAAAUGAAAAUAGGCCUGUACGUCCAAUUUUUGCUGCAGGAAAUCAACUUGAAAAUGGCAGGAAUCAACAAAUUCCAAAUUGGCCCAACAUUCCUGGAAGGGAAUUAUAAGACAAUGAAUCCUUAACGAGUACUAUCAAAUAAUCCUGGUGGAGCAAGUUGUUUUUCAAAGUUUCUGAUUAUACUUCUGAAAUGAGAAACCAAUCUCAGAGUGGUGAAUUUCAUGGAUUUUCUGCGAGAGUAAUUGGAAAUCCAUUUUUUGAUAUCCUUAUUAUUUUGUUGCUAGUUGAGUGAUCGGCAAUGGUAAAUUCUAUUGUAACUUGAAUCUCAUGUCAAUAUGCUAAUCAUUUGGUGUUUCUUUUGGGUUUAA